AUGAACACGCCUCCCAUGACUGCAGAGCAGCAACUGACGCCUAAGAUGUCUCCCAUAAUGCUGCAUCUAGAUGACAACCUUCCUUCGCUAGCUGGAUCCUCUUUCAAGCAUCUCGAUGACAACAGCAGCCAAGGUUACUCUGCCAUGUAUCGUACCUCUCUGUCAAAGCUGACCGAACGAGGGCGUCAGGGUCGCGGGCGAACUGUCGAUCCCAAGACACCCACAAAGCUGCUGCGCUCCAACUCACCCAUUCGGGCCAUGCUAAGCAACGGCCACACCACCGCCCCCAAAAUGCUUAAACCCGAAUACAUGAGCAUGUCUAGACUUUUCAAUAGCACCAGGAGCCAAACUGCAGCCCCGGCUGCCACCCCUUCAAUGAUCUUAUCGUCUUCAAAACUGAUCUUCAAGCAUCAGCCCCAAGAACCACUGCAGCAUCAAGGACAACAGGAGCCAGAACGACAACAAGAGUGUGCGUCCCAGCCUGGAGAAGAGAAACAGCAACCGCUGUCGAGCCUCGACCAGCACCGCGAGGCCCGACAGGCCGUACAGCGACAACCGCAACCACCGCCUGUCAAGCCAAGCGUAAGCGUCGCACCUACUCCACAGAAGUGCACCCAGUCUCAAAAGCAUGUCAUGCAUAGCAGGCAACAUUCAGAUACAAGUUCCACCCUAAGUACGGCUACGGCGUGUCACACAGAGGAAGCAAACGAUUCACAAGCAAAGACUAGUCACAGGCCAAACCUCAUACCAGAUUUGGUGCCGGAGAUGAAACUGGUGGAGCAUCCCAGCAAAAGUCGAAAUUACAAGUUUCCAUCAGCCACCUCAACAGCAUCAUCGAGUUCGACCUUGGAUAUCAAAGAAUAUCCCGAGAACUUGAGCUUCGAAGUUCCAACGUCUGAGAGAGAUGAAUUUGUACUUGCAACUCAAAGCAAAAGGAGCUCUUACAUCUCUAGUGUGGGAUCCAGCAAUGACGAUGAGCUAAAUGGGUGGUUUGCGCAAUACGCUGACGACAGACAAAUGUCCACUUUGAAUUUAAGUGAUGCCCAGACUCAACGGCAGCAAAUCGACGCACUUAGGGAAAGGACGUUUCAAACUGAGCAUUUUUCAUUAAGAGCCAAGCAGAUGGAAUUGCAGAUUGCAGAAUUGAUGCUUCAGAAUGAACAAUUAAGACAUUCAAUGACGGCCCAUAGAACUGUUCAAGAUAAAUGCAUGUUUGAUGCUCUUCAUGAUGUCCAUCGCGAAAAAGAGAAUACACACAGGGAAAUGAAUCGCAAGAUGAAGCAACUAGAGAAGCAAUUGGAAUACUACCGGAAAAUUGUGAAAAAAUUGACCGCCCCAGUUAACACGCCGCCUCUCGCUUCGAGGCCUAGGAUCCCAUUGGUGGAUGCAGUUGCAUUAGAAGAACUUGCAGAGGUAAACUCCAGCAGCGGUGAUGAUACCGAAAACGACGACGACAACAGCAACGAUAACAACAAUGACACCAAACUUGCUCAGACUACAACAAUUACGAAACCUUAUAAUGACGAAAGUAGUCAGCAGUUACUGGAGUCCCCUCGCAAAAGACUUGCAGGUAUUAAACUCGGGCUAACCUUUGAGACCUAA